AUGACUGGACGAAACACUUUCUGACUUAAAACAUAAAGUGCUUGAUUUACUCUUUGAAGUUACGCGAUGGUGGCAACGAUGCAGUUAGUCUUCUUUUUCUACAUAUUCAUCCCAAUCACAGUGUCUGAUGAGAUUUUUAAGCUGGUUAACAGUUCUGUUCAACUGGAUGUACAGACAAAAGAUUAUGAGUUCACCGACUUCACAUGGUCAUUUAACGGAAGUAAGAACAUUGUGAAAUACAUUAAAAAUUCUCCGAGUAAAGCAUUCACUGAUUAUAAAAACAGAGUAGAGGUGAAUGAGAAAACCCAAAGUCUGACACUGAAGAACUUGCAGAAGACUGAUAGUGGACUCUAUGGAGCAAAGGCAUCUGAUGAACAAGACCGAAUUGUGGCCGAGUACCAAUUAACUGUGUUGGAUCCAGUGGAGAAACCAGUCCUUAAUGGCCCUAAGCAGCAAAGCAAUGAAACUUGUAAUGUGACUCUCAGCUGUGAAGCUCAGAAACUCUCAGUCACCUCUCACUACUACAGUGAUAACUGUGAUAUGAAGAAAGAGACAACAACUGAAGACGGGGUUCUUUCCCUCUCAUUGUAUGUCAGUAACAGCUUCAUUAUUUGCAAUCAUAGCAACCCAGUCAGCUGGAAAAAUAUAACCAUAGAGAUGGAAGAAGUGAAAAAACUCUGCCCUUUUGAAGGAGAUAAAAAUCAUAAUGGUAUAAUCAUUGGCUCAGUAGUGUUUGUCAUCAUCAUCAUCAUCAUCAUCAUCAUCAUCUCCACCUUUAACUGGCAUAAGAAACAUAGGACAACAGGUUCUGGUAACACAGUUUAUGAAGAAGUUAAGUGGGUAAAAAAGUCACUCGAGAUGUCAGAGAACCCUGAACAUCCUGGUACUAUUUACUGUACAGUCAUGAGGCCAGCCCAGACUUGUAGUAAUGAUGAGAGCACUGUAAGCACCGCAAGUCCUAGCAACAAGAAAGAGCAGGGUGAGAGAGGAGACAGUGGACCAGAGGCCAACAGGGAUGAUUAUGCAGGGUCACAGAAUCAAGGAGCAGGAAGCAUCCAUGAUGUACCACCUAAAACCAUGCUGUAGUGAACAAGGCUGGUCAACAUGUGUAAGAAGCCCAGCUCGAUGGAAACAUGUUUUGUGAGAAAUGAAAACAAAAAUUUGCUCUUACUUUAUUGCCAUUUUAAUUGCUGUCUUGUUUAUUUGUUAUCAAAUUCAGACCUGUUCCAUUAGAUUUGUUUGGCUUGAACACAUCAUGUGGCUUUGUGAUUGAGCUGAAAAUUAUGGAAUAUUUCAUGUGUAAUCACAUACAAAAUCAGUUUUUGUAUUGGCCUACUUAAAUGCUAUUUCUUUUAAAUGAAAUUGAGGUUGAUGUUACUAAGAGGUUGUUUUCUGUUCGGUCAUCCUGACCGGUUUCCUUCUGAAUUGCGUAUUGCUCUAAUUCCUGCAUCUGCAUUUUUUAUAUGUCAUAAUGACCUCGCCACAACCAUGAUAAAUCAUGUGCACUCUGAAUUAAAGAAUUAUCCACUCUG